UUAUCUCAAAUUCAUUUAAUUAAUACCUGCGACAACCCGCCAUGCUUCAACACCCAUAUCCGGUUAUUUUGCUUUAAUGGAUAUGGAUUCAUGAUUUUAUCCUUUUCCAGAACUGCACCGAACAUUAACCCGUUUGACACCUCGGGUCGUUGCCCGACACGAUGCCAGGGAAACCUUGCCACGCGCCAGUUAAACUUCAUGCUCUUUCUAUUUCUCACUUCACUACAUGUACAAUACCAACUUUUAGUGCAAGUAAGCAAAGCCAAGCUAUGGACGAAGAAUUCUCACUGGAGGAUCCUACUCCUUUACUUGAAUCCGCCUCUGAUUUCGCUUAUUUUCCCGGUGUUCAAAAUGAUGCCGUUGUUAAGGACUUUCUUGAUCGUUUUCCCCUUCCUCUCAUUAUCAGUUCUUUACAAACAAAAACAGAUGUGCCUGGUUUGGAGAAGACUCUGGUUGCUUGUCUAGAAAGAAUAUUUAAGACAAAGUAUGGUGCAUCUCUGAUUCCGCAGUAUAUGUCCUUCGUGCAGCUUGGUUUGAAGGCAGAUUCACAAUUAGUAAGAUGUUUAGCUUGCAAAACGGUUGCCUGUCUUCUGGAGAAUGUUAAUGAUAAAACCAUCUCGCCUGCACGGCUAAUCAUUGACAGUGACAUAUAUCCUCUUCUACUUGAUUGUCUCAUCAACGGUAAUGAACAAGUGGCAACUGCAUCAACAGAAGCAAUAACAAAGUUAGCCGGCUUUCCAAAAGGCAUGGAGGUAAUCUUCCCAGCAAAUAAUGAUGACAUUACACACCUACGAAAUUUAUCAGCUCGAUGUUCAUCACUGGGACGUGUUCGAGUGUUAUCUUUGGUAGUGAAGUUAUUCUCUGUUUCUCCUGAUGUGGCAUCAGUAGUUUACAAGUCAAAUCUUCUCGGUUUGUUGGAGGCAGAAGUCAGCAAUACAGAUGAUACCCUAGUUACUUUAAGUAUUUUGGAGCUCUUUUAUGAGUUAGCAGUAGUCCAGCAUGGUGUAGAAUUCUUGUCAAGGACUACUAUUAUCCAACUUCUUUCUUCUAUGAUCAGCAACACAAUGACAGAUGUAAUAUUAAGAUCAAGGGCGAUGAUGAUCAGUGGAAGGCUCCUAGCCAAGGAAAACACAUAUGUAUUCAUUGAUGAAUCUUGUGCUAAAACUGUUAUGUCAGCCAUUGAUGGAAGGCUUAGUUUUGAGAGCCAAGAUUUGAAUGAAUGUGAAUGUGCACUUGAAGCAUUGGGCCAAAUUGGAUUGUCGGUCCCAGGAGCAACAUUGCUGCUCUCGAUGUCGCCUUCUCCAGCAAGACAUGUUAUCGAUGCUGCUUUUGAUAGACAAGCACGUGGCAAACAGUUGGCUGCAUUGCAUUCUCUUGGAAACAUCUCAGGUGAAUCUCAGUCCGAGAGCAACAAAGUACUUAAUGCUGAUGCGGAAGAAAAUCUUCGGCGCUUGAUAUAUGAAACGGCAUCCAAGACUUCAAAGCUUACACCAUCAGGUCUUUUCCUAUCAGUCCUUCAACAGGAUUCAGAAAUUCGUUUGGCGGCUUACAGGAUGAUUACUGGGUUGGUGGCUAGGCCAUGGUGCCUGAUGGAGAUUUGCUCAAAACAGGAGAUUGUAAAUAUUAUAACUGAUCCAAUCACUGAAACCACCAAAAUAGGCAUGGAAGCUAGAUAUAAUUGUUGCAAGGCGAUCCAGAAGGCAUUCAUGUCCGCUAGUAAACUCAGCAGCAAUCCGUCUCUCGUUGGAAUUGCUACCAAGUUGCAGGAAGCUGUUAGUAGAGGCCCAUAUCUCACCGGCAAGCAUCGAGAAGCACAACCUGCAGUAAUGACAGCUGAGAGAUUCUAAUUUCCUUAAAAGAGGAUAUUUAAGCAGACAACAUAUAUACUGCUUAGACAAAAUUUCCCAGCCAAUAUUGUGAUAUAACUUGUUUCAUGUGGUUACUCUUAACACUUGGUUCACUGGAAAAUGGAAAUUAUAGGGCCUUAGCAUACAAUUUGGAAAGCAUUUUUGGAUCUCCUUGUGCAUUAACUUGGAAAUAUUGUCUCAUGCGUCAACUGGAACACAAAAUUACAUGUAUAUGGAUAAUAUUGCGGUGGUCGGAAAUAGUAGGGGUCUUCUUUAUUUAGUGUAAACUGCAAAAUUGAACCAGAUCAAAUAAAAGUAGGCAGUUUACUUAA